ACAAUCCAAGAUGGCGAAUCGCGGAGGCCACCAUGUGGAUACAGUAACUGAGCGGAGAUUGAAACCAAUUUACGACAAUCUAGAUAAUGGCAACUACAAGACGGCCAUUCAGAUGGCGGACAAAGUAUUGAAGAAACACAGAGUUCUUCAGUGUGCAAAGGUCUUGAAAGCUCUAGCACUGCUGAGAAUUGGUAAACGCUUGGAGAGUUUUGCGUUGACCCAAGACGUGAUGUCCACAAAGCCAGUUGAUGAACCCACCUUACAAGCUUUGUCAAUAUGCUUCAGAGAAAUGCAGAAACCGGAGCAGAUCGUUGAGCUAUACACAACAGCUCUGAAGAGUAACCCGAACAAUGAGGAGUUUCACACCCAUCUCUUUAUGGCGCUAGUUAGAGUUGGCGAUUACAAACGACAACAACAGGUUGCUAAGGAAUUAUACAAGGUCUUCCCUAAGAAUCCCUACUACUUCUGGGGCGUAAUGAGCAUCAUUCUUCAGGCCCUGACAGCAACCGAUGACAAGUUGGCGCAGAUGAUGUACCUGCCUUUAGCCGAGAAAAUGGUGGAUAGAAUGGUGAACGAAGGAAAGAUGGAAGCCGAGGCUGAAGUCAACAUCUAUCUGAUGAUUCUUGGCUACCUCAAGAAACAUGACAAAGCUGUCAAUGUCUUAGAUGGCACACUGGGACAAUUUCUGAAAGCUGAGGUUGGUGCGUGUCCAAUCCGUAAGGCUGAGCUUUACUGCAACAUGUCACAGUGGGCCGAGGCAAAUGGAGCAUAUCGAAGGUUACUGAGACAGAGACCCGAUGAAUGGCGAUUUUAUCAGCAGUACUUGAAGUCAGCCUUGGCACUCAUCGAGAGUAACUGGUCUCCUCCUAUAAAUCAAAAUGACAGUGACUGCGAUAUCCAGGCUGACCACACUGUGGACAUGGUGUUAGAUUUCAUCGAUGAACUCGCAGCGGCAGACGCAGAGAUAGCUUCGGGGAAGAGCCACACCCCAUCAAGGGGCGUGUUUCUAGCUCGAAUGGAGUUGCUAAGAAUUCUCAAGGAAAGGGGAACUCAAGACCUAGAAAGAACAGGUUCUCCAACACGUCUUUUGAAAAGCUACUUUGAUUUGUUUGGAGAUCGGCCUUGUUGCUAUGACGACAUCAAUCAGUUUCUGCCACUUCUUGCAGUCGAAGAUCGUCAGCAGUUCGUGGACAGUCUUCUAGAUACAUUAGCGUUAGAGACUGGCGAAGAUGGAAUCAAAUAUGCAACUUCUGUGAAGCAAAUCUACAGGCAUCUAUGCAUAUUGAAGAUAAGUCGCCGCUUAGGUCUUCAGGACAAGCUGUCACAAGACGUGAAGUUAUCGCUGGUAGAUGAGCUCAUCAAGCGAAGUGAAGACGCGCUGAAAUACGGCAAGGAUUUACUUAACACCGAUCUACAGUAUGGGGACGAAUACCUCGUCAUGGCUGUUCAUUUACUUCUAGACAUUUGGCAGGAAUCAGGGACCGAGAGGUAUCUUUGGAGAAUGAUUGAGAUCUUAGAGAAAGGUCUGAAGGCGAGUACAUCUUGCCAUCACAUGAAGUUGCUUCUCAUACGACUGUACUGCCUCAUAGGUGCGUUUGGGCCAAUACCGGACCUGUAUGAUGGCUUGGACAUCAAACAUAUACAGCAGGAUACACUAGGGUACACUGUGUCGGGAUAUGUAACUAGUUUGGGCCACUUCACUUCCGCCAAUGCCUUGUUCAACACAACUCUAAAGUUCUUCACCGUAAACCACAAAGAUACCACCGAGUACAUGAUAACGGCGUACAAGUUUGGAACAUUCCACAAGAUUCCUGAGUUCCUGACCUUCAGACGGAGAAUCAGUCAUUCGAUCCAUUGUGCUCUGGUCACGGUUGAGAAACUACUCUUGGAACUGCUCUCCGAAGCGGAAAUUGGAGGAAACUCACUACAAGACUUCAUCCUGGACAUGGAAAUCUCUCCUGAGAAAGAUGAAACAAAAUGGGAUGAGAUCACGGAUAACCGCGAUCUGGAUGUUAUGUUGUCAUGGGCACCUCAACACAGGCAACUAACCGAUGAUGACAAAGCAGCCUCGCUUCAGCAGGAGAAGUCUUGGCUGAAAUUACGACAGCUCGUCCUCCGCUCCCUCGCUGCUGCAAGCUACCUCAUCCCAAUCCCUCCACAAGGGGCUUCAAACACCCCUACUAAUAAUGGUGAAGGCCCGGGUCACGAGGAAGUGCUGGGAAUGUUAAUAGAGCAACUUGAAAGGUAUCUGGGGGAGGCGGCGGAAGAUCCCAUUACACAUAGAAAGUUUCCUGUUCAGGGGCCUCCGAGUACGAGGACUGCUAGCUACCUCAAGGGAGACUGUGGUACUAUUCUCCUGACUACAUUGAAGGUUGUACUUCAGAUACAUGAAUUAUCAACAUCGAAUGAAGAAAGUGCCGAUCUGCAGAGUAAAAUACAGCAAGAUUUCACCGUCAUAAUCGACAAAUGUACAGAAUCCAUCAGGAGAAGUAGACGAUGUCUUAUACGUGAAGACAACGAGACCAGAGUCUUUGAUCGACAUAUCCUUCCUGAACUGGUUAUGCUUGUCGAGACGUUAGGUUUUGUCAUCUUACUGUCGGGUGUUUGCUACAGACUUCUUAAACCCAUGAAAGCAGCCGCCAAUAGGAAGAGUAAAAAGAAGAAGGGCGGGGCAACCGUCAAGCCUCCAGUUUUUCAGCAUUUCAAGCAUUAUAUUGAGAAUGUCCAGUUGAUGGCUGAUGGCUUGACUUGUGCUGUGCAGGACAUCGAUCCCACAACGCUUUCUCUGGACCUCGGCAAGCUCCAAUUAUCAGACGCUCCAGUAGAACCCAAAAUCGUGGACGAUACAGCUGCAGGAACGAACUCAAUCUGGAAACGAGUCGAGAAAAGUUACCACGAAUCCUCCAAGGAACUCCUGGACGUACUGAAAGGAAAAAAAGAAUUUCUUGCCAUGCUUAAACUUUGACGGCAGAUGUGUCUGUAUAGUUCGCGAGGGAUGUGUGUGUUUGUGUCCAACGCUCUUGAGUUUCACUACGUUUCAUUGCGCUUUGCAACUUUGUGUUUGUAGUUCUUUGGGAUUGGCCCCAAGUUGUUUGAUCUGACCUAAUUCCCGAGACCUUGUCACAAAUCAAUCUUGCUGCGCCAUUUUGAGAAUCACAUCAUGUGACUUCCAAGUGAGCCAAAAUCAAUUAAUUCUAAUCCUCCUAUCGGCGCUCAUCAGUGAAAUAGUUCAGAAAUGAACAACAAAACAAAAAAA